AUGGGCCAGCGAAACAUACCACAGAGCAGUGCGGCCGGAAUAUGCUCGACGACCGCUGGUUCGUCCUACACAACGUCGGCCACUACCUAUAACGAAGAGUCCCCGAUAUUUGUUCAACAAGAUCCUCGCCAACAAGAUGAAUACCGCAAAGCUGAGAACAAUGAGAUCCCCAAUGGGGGUCUCGUAGCCUGGACCCAGGUUCUGACUGGACAUCUGGUUGUGUUCAAUGUAUGGGGCUACAUUACAUCGUACGGUUUCUUCCAAGAAUACUAUGUCAAAACUCUCGAUGUCAGCCCAGCAAAUGCAUCUUGGAUCGGAGCGGUGCAGAUGUUCUUAGUCCAUUUCCUGGCCACUUUCUCAGGCCGAGCGAUGGACGCAGGCUACCUGAGACAAUGCAUCACCCUUGGAUGUUUCUUCCAGGUUGCCGGGGCAUUGGCGACCUCAUUCGGCACAAGGUUAUGGCAUUUUUGGUUAGCGCAAGGCGUUGUCAGUGGAAUUGGCCACGGACUCGUCUUCAGCCCCAUGAUCUCGCUGUAUGCGACAUACUUCAACUCCAAGCGAGUGAUGGCCGUCUCGCUGGCAUCUUGCGGGGCAGCGACUGGGGGGAUGGUUUUCCCAGUGGUCGCGUAUAAGUGUCUCAACAAUAUCGGCUUCGCAUGGACUGUCCGGAUUAUGGCAGCCAUUAUCCUAUUCAACAGCAUUAUAAUUAUCAAGUUUACCAGAGCUCGGAUUAUACCUCGGAGUCCUCCUCCCUGGGUUGAUUUCAGUGCAUUCCGUGAACGCCCUUACCUCCUUUUUUCGAUCGGCUCAUUCCUGAUCUUCGAGGGUAUUUACUUUGCCUACAUUUAUCUCAGACAAUAUGCCCAGGCCCAUACAGGUUUCACCGCAUCUGACUCACUUCUCCUUUUAAUCCUGAUGAACGGCGUUGGUGUUGCGUCUCGAAUUGCAUCCGCAUUUGUGGCAGACCGGUGGCUGGGUGCGGUAAGGACUUGCAUUGCAGUCUCCAUCCCUUGCGGUAUCGCCAUUCUAGGGUGGAUUGGUGUACACACCCGCGUUGGCAUGUUCAUCUGGGCUACAGUCUAUGGGUUACUGGUUAAUUGUGCGCAGAGUCAAUUGCCCGCUGCCAAUGCAUACUUUGGAUCCAAAGACCCGGAAAAAUCAGGCACACGUGUUGGGAUGAUCACCACGAUCAAUAGCAUUCCACUACUGACUGGACCGUACAUAGCAGGGCAGCUGAUCGCGUUACGGGGAGGCGAUUACCUGUACGCGCAGUUGUUCGGCGGUAUUUGUAUCUUGACUGGAGCGUUGUUUGUAGUCGGUUCUCACCUUUCGGGAGCUUGA